AUGACUGACAAAAUUGAAAUUUUAAAAUUUGCCGGUGAAGACGGUGCUUACAAAAGAAGACCAUCUAGUUUCAGAGAAUUCAUUAGUGCUAAACCUGGUGCUCGUUUUCCACCUGAAGCUGGUAGAUACCACCUUUAUGUUUCCUUUGCUUGUCCAUGGGCUCAUCGUACUUUGAUUACACGUCGUCUUAAGGGUUUAACUUCCAUCAUUGGAUUAUCAAUUGUUCACUGGCAUAUGGAUGAUAAAGGUUGGAGAUUCCCAACUAAAGAAGAAUUAGGUUCAUUGAAGACUGAUGAUCUUUCUUUAGGUACUCCAGAUCAUCUUUAUGAUUUCUCCCGUCUUAGAGAAUUGUACUUUAAAGCAGAUCCAAAUUAUGUUGGUAGAUUUACUGUUCCAGUUUUGUGGGAUAAGAAAGAAGGAACUAUUGUUAACAAUGAAUCUGCUGAAAUUAUCAGAAUGUUGAACACUGAAUUCAACAGUAUCUUACCAAGUGAGUAUGCUUCUGUCAAUCUUGUGCCAGAUAACUUGGUUUCUCAAAUUGAUGAAUUGAACAGUUGGGUUUAUGACAAUAUCAACAAUGGUGUUUACAAAGCUGGUUUUGCUUCCAAACAAGAAGUUUAUUCUGCCGAAUGUCAAAAUGUCUUUGAUCAUUUAGAUAAGGUUGAAGGUAUCUUAAAAUCCAAUCAUGCUAGUGACAAGAAGGGUGAAUUUUUGUUGGGUAACCAAUUGACUGAAGCUGAUAUUAGAUUAUACACUACCAUUAUUAGAUUCGAUCCAGUUUACGUUCAACAUUUCAAGUGUAAUAUUGGUAUGAUUAGAACACACUAUCCAUACAUUCAUGACUGGCUCAGAUUAUUGUAUUGGAAGAUUCCAGGGUUCCAAGAAACCACCAACUUUGAACACAUCAAAUAUCAUUACACCAAAUCCCAUAUUAAGAUCAACCCAUAUGGUAUCACUCCAUUGGGACCAGUUCCAAAUAUCAUGCCUUUUGAAGAAAAAUAA